AUGAAUUCCAGACUCUUGCAAGUCUUCCAGAAGGAACUCACCUGUCCCAUCUGCAUGAAGUACUUCCUAGACCCUGUCACCAUAGACUGUGGGCACAGCUUUUGCAGGUCCUGUCUCUACCUCAGCUGGCAAGACAGCCCCGUUCAUGCACACUGUUUUGAAUGCAUGAGUGCAACACAGCAGAGAAACUUCAAAACCGAUAUUCGUAUGAAGAAGAUGGCUUCCCUUGCCAGAAGAGACAGCCUCUGGCAAUUCCUGAGCUCUGAGGAACAAAUGUGUGGGACCCACAAGGAGACCAAGAAGAUGUUCUGUGAAGUGGACAAGAGCCUGCUCUGUUCACUCUGCUCUAAGUCUCAGGAGCACCAGGCUCACAGACACUGUCCCAUUGAGGGGGCUGCUGAGGAACAGAGGGAAAAGCUCCUGAAGAAAAUGCACUUUUUAUGGGAAAAAGCUUGUGAAAAUCAUAGAAACCUGAAUAUAGAAGCCAUCAAAAUGAGAUCUUGGGAGGGUUAUGUGAAUUUAAGGAAAGAGGCAAUCAGAGCUGAGUACCAGAAGAUGCCUGUGUUUCUCCAUGAAGAAGAGCAACUGCAUUUGGAGAGACUGCAAAGGGAGGGCCAGGACAUUUUUCAGCAACUCCAUGAAAGUGGAGCCAGCAUGUCUCAUAAGAGUUGGAUUUUAAGAGGCGUGUACAAGGAACUGAAGGAAACUUGCCAUAAACUAGAUGUGGAGUUGCUCCAGGUUUAUGGAGACAUAUCACGAAGGAGUGAGUCUGUGCUGCUGGACAUGCCCCAGCCUGUGAACCCAGAGCUCAGUGCAGGAUCCAUCACUGGACUGAUGGACAGGCUCAGCUGCUUCCAAGUGAAUAUCACUCUGGACCGUGAAGGAGCCAACAGUCACAUCGUCCUGCAUGGAGAGUUGAGAAACAUGAGUGUUGGAUGUAAUCCUGAGGAUGCGGCCUGUGUCACUCCCAGAUCUGGAUGUUUUCUUGCAUGGGGUGCUCAGACUUUUACCUCUGGCAAAUUCUACUGGGAGGUGGAUGUAGGGAACUUUUGGAAUUGGGCUUUUGGAGUCUGCAAUGAUUACUGGAUGAAGGACCGUCGGAAUGACAACAUAGAUGAGAAGGAAGGGCUAUUUCUUCUUGGAUGUGUAAAGGAGGAUGGUCACUGCCUUCUCUUUACCACCUCCCCACUGAUCUUUCAAUAUGUGCCAAGGCCUACUGGCCGAAUCGGAGUGUUCCUGGAUUAUGAAGGUAGAACUGUGAGCUUUGUUGAUGUUGCUCAAAGUUCCCUCAUAUACAGCAUCCCUUCUUGCACCUUCUCUCCCCAGCUCAGGCCUAUCUUUUGCUGUAGUCACUUCUGA